UGUGUCGGUGGUAUCUUCAGGCGAAAAGCCACAACUGUGUUGGUAUUACAUUAACAGUUUUUAUGAUGAUACCUGUACGUGUGUUAAACUACAAUCAAAGCUAUCAGGCAAUACAAUCUAUAUAGGAUGGAUAUACAUAGGUUUUUUUACCUUCGUAAAUGAACUAUAAACCAUCGUAAGAUAAUAUGGAAUUAACAUACUGCCCACCAAAAAUUGCCGUAUUUUAAAUGUAACCGAAAAUGAAACCACUUUAAAACACGAGUCAGGUUGUUUGGGUUCCACGGAGAACAGCACUAGACUUGUUGGUGGCGAGCGAGAGGCAUAUAUCCUGCCUGUAUUGAACCAAAGAUAUUUUGAGUUAAUACACUACACGUGUGUUAUGUUGCACAUGAGAUAAACAAAACCCCAACACGUCGUAACGAUGAGAGAGAGAGGGAGCAAAUAUCGUUAUGUAAUGUUGAUAGCUUCAACACUAAUGGCCAUGAUAACUGUGGGAGGUCUGAAUUCGUUCAGCAUUCUUUACAAGGAACUUUUGGAUUUCUAUGACACCAGAGCAGGAGACACCGCGAUCAUCUCGAGUCUUUGUAUUUUUCUAAAUUUUGCUAUAGGACCAUUUGCUAAUUUUGCCUCCGAAAUUUACAGUUUUCGCGUUGCCAUGUUUGUGGGGGGUUUCCUCGGAUUUCUUGGGCUUUUUCUCAGUGCCUUUGUUUCAAGAAUGGAACUUUGGAUCCUGACUUACGGGGUGUUCUCAGGUAUUGGGUUUGGAUUGGUUUACAGUCCAUGUUUUACUGUUGUAAACUUUUACUUCAAGAAAAGACGAGCUCUUGCAAUAAGUAUCGUUCUGCUUGGCACUGGGAUCGGUUCCGUUGUCUUCCCAUUCAUCUACCAUUCUCUGAUACACUGUUACGGACUACAGGGCGCAGUCCUAGUGAUCAGUGCUCUCUCCCUGAACAUCUGCGUUUGUGCAGCACUGAUAAGACAACCACAAGAGCUCCAAAAGGGCAAAAUACCUUUAAGCAAGCAAACUAGCACUGAAACCAACUCAUACGAGCUGGAAAAUGAUAUCAUCAAGCCAAGAAGAUCUUGCUGCGAGUGUAGCACACGUCGGCCAAUACGAGAGAUAUUUCAUUUCUCGUUGUUUCGGAAACCUUCUUUUUUCAUUUACGCCCUAGCAUUUAUGUGUAGCAUUUAUGCGUAUUUUUCAAUUUUUACCAUGAUACCAGGCCAUGCUCGCGUACAGGGUAUGAGCAGUGCUCGCGUUGCCGUUUUACUUUCCGUAAAUGGCGGCGUAAUGAUCUUUGCCAGACCUGUCGUAGGGUUGCUCGCAGACUCUAAGAUUAUUCAGAAAAGAAACAUCAUUGGAACUUUUCUUAUUCUUGGAGGAGUUUCCUCCAUUAUUUUGCCAUGGUUUACGGGAUAUUAUCCCUUAUUGGUUUAUUCAAUAACACAAGGGCUGUUCCCCGGUUCUUUCUUUAUGUUCAUUCCCCUUUUAUUACUGGAAAUAGUUCCCCUAGAAAAUCUUCCGCAGGCUCAAGGACUUUUGAAUCUUUGUCUAUCGUUACCCGUUGGCAUUUCACAGCCACUUCCAGGGUGGAUGAGGGACGUGACGGGAGACUGGACGGUAUCGUUCCGCGUGUCCGGGGGCGUGGCUUUGUUGGCAGGACUGUUGUUUUUUGUGGAACCAGCAUUUCGUACAAAAUGUCAGAGAAAACGCAAUACAUCUCGGUGACAGAGUAGAUAGAUAAUGUUAUAGACAUAGUCAUCUAUAGUCUUGUAUAUUAUGGGUUUUUUUGACGGUUUUGAUACCUGUAUUAACUGUUUUUGAACAAAGAUGUACAUGUAAUGUUGUUUUUCAUUUUCUGCCAUAACAGUGAAUAUAAUUUAUAUGUGUCUGUGUUUU